AUGGCCUCCCACGAUCAGAGUAAAAAGGGUGCAACCCACGCAACAGUUCCGAAUGAGAAGAACCAAAAUAUCCUGAUCGGGAUGCGCGAUGGAGUCAGCGGUGACUUCAAACUAGUACCACGCAAAGAAGCAGUCGUCUCCGUAUUUGAUUCGAAUUUCCUAAUCGGCGACGGUAUAUGGGAAGGCGUCCGCGCCAGAAAUGGCCGAAUCCAAUUCGCCAAAGACCACAUUAACCGUCUUUUCCAAUCCUCUAAGGCAAUGUUCAUGGAUCUUGGACUCUCCAAACUCGAACUAUUAGACCUUCUGCACAGAACUCUCGAUGCAAACAAGAUGUCCAACGAGCCACACGUUCAUAUCCGACUAGUUGUAAGCCGAGGCUUAAAAUCAACACCCUACCAGAACCCCUCAGUGAACAUCGGUCUUCCAUUGAUCGUCAUCAUCCCUGAGAUCAAAGCCACAGACCCCGGCGUGAAAAAGCAGGGACUAAGAUUGAUCACCACACACAUCCGUCGAGGACCGCCUGAUGUCAAAGACGAGAUGUGGAACCACAUCUCCAAAGCCACGGACGUGCAAGCGUGUAUCAGUGCUAAUGUUACCGGCGCGGAUGAAUCGCUGAUGCUGGAUCUGAAUGGAUUUGUCAAGACGUGCAAUUCGACCAAUUUCUUUAUUGUUCGCGACGGGGAGGUAUGGGCUCCGACGAAGAAUAACCAGAUGCAGGGAAUCACUCGGCAGAAAUCCAUUGAUGUUUGUCGGGCUAAUGGGAUUCCUAUUCGAGAGCUUGAUUUCACUCUUACCGAGGCAUAUGGGGCUGAUGAGGCCUUUUGUACUGGAACAUUUCCCUCGCAGAUUCAUGUGCGAGAAAUUGAUGGGCGGACAAUUGGAAGUGGGAAGCGUGGUCCGAUUACAGAGCGUAUUCAGCAGCUAUAUGCGGAGAUGGUGGUUAAGGAUACAGAGAGAACGCGGGUGGAGAUUCAACAGGGUCUAGAAGCACAAAGACCAUUCAAGCUCUAG